GUCGUCGGUUGCACGUGCGUUUUGUUUAGGUGACUGGUUUAUAAAGAUACGCCGGGAUUACCCACAACACUCGUCUCAGUUACACUGGAUAUAAGAGAGAAACAAGAAACAAGCCACUAAGGAAUAUUUAAUCAAUUAUUUCAGUGCCAUUAUAGUGAAGUGUAAUGGAACGUUUGAGUUCACUAGGUUUGAAAAUGGUCCAGGGCUAAACUAGCCUCCAUUCUCAAACAGGAUGGCCUCUGCCCAGCCAUACUGGGAUCAACACCAUGACCGUGACUCCAUGGACAAGAUGUUUUUUGGUUUUUGUUCCGAGUCCAUGGAUAACAGCUUGAGAAUGCAUCAGCAAGAUUCUGCAUCAGUGGCCUUUGAAAGAAGGACGUCUGGAUCAUUUUCUCUGCCAUGUUUAUAUCCAAAGACUCCCAAUCCUACACAGUUCUUCUAUUCCUCCCAGUGCCACCCACCUGGGGGAGACCAGGUGGUUCCGUCCUUGCAGAAACUGUCUGUUUAUGAGAACAUACCCCCUUGUUCACCCAGGAAAAGCUCCAAGCCCCUCCCUCCCCUCCCAGACAUGGGCGAUCUGUCCUCUGAUGAAGCGGAAGACAACGAGGUGGAGUUUUUCUCCAGCACUUCUGAGAGUCAGUGUUUGAUACCUGCACGCUGUUCCAAAACCUCAUCCUUCCAUUAUGGCAUGCCAGGCAGGCGCAGCAUCCGAGGAAGUGGUCAGAUAAACUUUGCUUAUAAUGAAGGGAUGCAAGAACAUCAGAAAGUAUGUGGGAUGAAGCCUCAGUGGGAGCAGACGGAAACUCAAGACCGAGACAGACCGCAGGAAAGGCCCCAACGUCAGCUGCACCAUUCUCUUUCUGGCCCUGCUGGAUCCUUCAAGUCUGCAAACUUUAGGCCGGCCAGCCUUCACCUCACAGCCCACAACCACCCACAGGAGAAACCCGAAGUCCCACCUCGCAUUCCUAUCCAUCCUCGCCUGAGCGAGUGCACAGAUGGCAGAUGGCCGUCACCUGUUGAUUAUGAUGUUGACAAACCUCCUAAAGUUCCACCCAAGGACCCCAUCCCUCAGGUCAUACCAUGUGCCAUUAGUCCAAAGAGUCUCCCAAUUUAUGUCAAUGGAGUAAUGCCUCCUACUCAGAGCUUUGCUCCCUAUCCUGAGUAUGUCAGCAAGGCUCAACACAAGCAGAGCUGUGAGAGCUUGCUGGCUCCCCAUAUCCCCUGUAUUUUGCCCAUUAUGGAAGAUGGCAAGAAAGUCAGCAAUACCCAUUACUUCCUCCUCCCUCAUCAGCCUGGGUACUUGGACAAGUUUGAGAGGUUUUUUAAAGCCUCAGACUCAGGUGCUACUCAUGUUGAUUAUGAGCCCAAGUGGAACAGUUAGAAUCUGAAAUCCUCUGGCUUAAAGUGGAAACUAAGAAAUACACUAAGGCCGGAUAUAAACUGAUAUUUUGUUUGAAUGAUACUUGCAGUGUUCCAGAUAACUCGCCAUUUUUAGUGUUUGGGCAGUAUGUCCUCUGACUCCAUACAGUCAGAAACAGUCAGAAUUGAUGGUUUACCACUGCUGGAAACUCCAGAGCAGCUUUGUUGGAAGUGUCCUUUAUGGAUGUGUUUUUUUUUUUUUUGGUACUAUUUUUCUUGCUGUAUUUUAAGUUAUAGUGUGCAGUAUCCUUUUAUGAAGGAAUAGGAUGAACUGUUACACUGUUAUCAGUUUUUUAACCUGAGGAUAAGCUGGUCUUAUCGUGAUUUGUCACUCUGAGAUGAAUGCGAAAAAAGUUUGAUUUUUUUUUUUCUAUUAACCCAAGUACAAACAAUAUAAAUUCAGAUUGAUUUUCUGUACAAAUGACAAUGUAGUGUAAGACUAGUAUUAUUAGCAGUAGCAUUCAAGAACAAGCACUGUCAACAUUGGAUUGUUUUACUCUCAAAGUCCAGGACUUUGCCACAUGAUGCAAUCAUACCAUUGAGAUGUUUGAGUUGUACUUGUUAUUAGUUAUAUAGUGAGAUAAAUGGAACAGACUGGGCAAAAGUGUUAGUAUUCAGGUCUCCAUGUGAAGAUUAAUUGCCUUUUUUGUGCUCUGGUGCUUUCCAUUUUGGAACAUUCAGAUGUGACACAAAUUAAUCAACUUAUUUAUUUCAAAUUAUGACAUCUGUAGUUGGAGCUAGUUUCAGUUUGCCAAGAGCAAGCAGAUUCAGUCAUGCCAAAGCCCCUUUUCAUCUGUUACACCUGUUAAAUAGGCAGUAAUGCCACUGAUUCAGUAUUUGGUUUCCAAAGCCAGGACACUGGAUAUAAAUGAAAAGUUGACCAUUGGUAUUUUGUAGUUUUAUACCUGUUUUACCCUGAAGUUGCAUCACUUGUAAAAGGAAUUGUGAAAGGAAGUUAUGAAAGUCCAUGAUUGGUCCUGGCCUUGUGUUUCAUUUGUGUCCAACUAAAAUUUGAUUUUUAACUUUAUAAAUAAUCUUUAAAUUAUCAAACAAAUAAUUUAAAAUUUCUGCUACUUUAAUGUUUUUCCUUCCAACAAAAAAUUACUUUGUUUUCUGUGUGAAGGCUCAUGUUAACUGACUUUGUUUCAACCAGAGGAAACAUGCACUAUCUUAUAAAAAUGUACAGUAUUGGUGGUUUUUAUAUACCAUAACGUAAAGAAAUAAAGUAAUAAC